AUUACAAAAGUUAAAAUUUGAUCCAAAAAAUAAGAAUUAUAUUCAAUUAAUUAAUAUAUUCAGAGAAUAUUGUUAUGAAGCGGAAAUUAAUGUAGAAGAACAAAAGAAAUUGUUACUAGAAAAAUUAUCUGAAGAUUCUUUUCAAUAUUAUUUUAUUAAUGAUAAUUUAGAGAAAAUUAAAUCAUUAAAUGAUUUAAUCAUAUAUUUUAAUCAAAGUUUUUUAGAACAACAAAAAUUGAUUCGUUUUGGUUCAUGUAUUACUCUAAAACAUGUCGCAACUGGAAAAUAUUUAACCAGUUGUAAUGUGCAUUAUAAAACGGGCUCUAAGAAAAUUAUAUCGAUUAAGGUUUUCGCUAGUCAAACUCUAUCCAAUCCGAAUUCUUUAUGGAUCGUUUUAGACUAUGACCAAAAAAAUGAAAGCAAUCCAAUUAUUUAUGGAAAAAGCAUAGUAUAUUUUUUAAAUAAAGGUGUUAACGAAAACAUAGUUAUAUCUAGGAAUUACAAAUCCCCUUCAACUGGAAAUUGGGAAGUAAGUUGUUAUGAGCAUUUGAUAGAAAGUGAUUCAACAAAUAACAAUGAUACUUAUAUAAAAUCGAAAGAAACAAUAAAUAUACGUGAUAUGGAAUAUAACAACUUUAUAUUACGUAGUCAUGAAUUUCCUUUUACUAUUGGUAAUGAAACAUAUCAAGAAGUUGUUGGGCAUGAAGGAAGAGUUGACGGGAAUGAUAAGUGGUGUAUUGAAUUGUUUGAAAAUGAAUAACUUAUCGGAUAAAUUUUUUGUAUAUAAUUUAGUAAAAUAAUUUUCAAUACACAUUUAUUGUAAGAAAUCACAAUAAUUUAACCUUUUAAAUGUGAAUGAUCGAAUGAUCGAAUAAUAUUUAUUAUAAUUUUUCAAAUUAUCUGAAUAUUUAAUAAUCAACAUUAAAAGUCUUUAAAAAAAUAUUAUUAU